AUGGCGGCGGCGGGCGGGGGCGGCGCCGCGGUGUCGGUGUUGGCGCCCAGCGGGCGGCGGGUCACGGUGCGGGUGGGGCCCGGCACGGUCCUGCUCCAGGUCCUCGAGGAGGUCUGCAGGAAGCAGGGUGGCAGCCCUGGCGAGUACGGCCUCAAGUUUCAGAGAAAUGUUUUGGACCUGUCUUUGCAGUGGAGAUUUGCUAGGCUGCCCAACAAUGCCAAACUGGAGAUGGUACCGGUCUCCAACAGAGCAGGAGCUGGAGCCACGGUUCGGAUAGCAUUACAACUCGAUGAUGGCUCCCGUUUGCAAGACACCUUCCUCUGCCAACAGACCUUGUGGGAACUUCUCAAUCAUUUUGCAAAGAUCAGGGAGUUGAUGGAACAGCAUGGUGAAUUGUCUCCAGUCUGUAUUUACAUGCGAGAUGAGAUAUCAGGAAAAGAUGCCCUGGAGAAGACAACACUGAAAUCACUUGGCCUGAUUGGAGGCAAUGCCAUUGUCAGAGUUGUCAUGAAGAAAUGCAGUUCAUCUGGUGGGGAGGAAGUUGUGGGUGCCACGGUGCCUUGUAAUGAGCCAACAGUGAGGCCAGGCUCUAUGGAAGAAGCAGUGAAUGUGCCUCUACCUCAAGCAAACACAUUUCCAAAGGACUUGGAGCACAGGGAUGUGGCAGUAUCUUUAAGCAGCUGCACACACAAGCAAGACUCAAUUAAAGAUUCUGAUGCUAGCUUGGAGGAGCUGUGGCACUCCCCAGAGCCUGAGCCUACCCCAUUUGUCCCUUUUUCUGAAGAUGGAAAGCAUCUAGGGGACUCUCCUGUAGCUGUACCACCUUCAAAGCUGCCAACAACUUUUUCCAGCCCUGGAGGCCCUUCUAAGCCAAAGAAGUCUAAGAGCAGCCAAGAACUGCGAAAGGAGCAAGAACAGCUUGUAGAACGUGAGCCUCUUAUAUGUCACCUAGACCUACUGGAACAACUUCCUGAUGGCCCAGAAGAGCUUCCUGAUGAAUUUUUUGAAGUCACAGUGGAUGAUGUACGGAAACGUUUGGCACAGCUGCAGAAUGAGAGGAAACGCCUGGAAGAAGCUCCACUGAUGACAAAGGCUUUGAGGGAGUCCCAGCUGAAGGAGAAGUUGGUGCGUUACCCAAAGGUGGUGUUGAGAGUUUGUUUUCCAGACCGCCAUGUUCUACAGGGAUUCUUCCAUCCCACUGAAACUGUUGGCAUUUUGAGAGACUUUGUGAGAAGCCACCUUGCCGAUGCAGAGUUGCCAUUUUACUUGUUUGUUGCACCUCCCAGAGUCAUCUUGAACGAUGAAAGUCUGACGCUGUUUGAGAUGUUUUUACAAGAACCCUAUGCAGUGAAGAACUGCUCUUCUAGAAACGUUGGCAGAUGCGUUAGAACAGCAGACAUUAGAACAGCUGACUUGAGGAUACAGUUUUCAGCAGUGGAAAUGGUUGUGGACGUGGAUCCUGAAACUAUGAACUAUGGUUAUUUGAUGACCUGUGAGUAAAUAGGGUAGAGGUUUAUACUGGGGCACAGUCUGUCUAUGUGUUUGUUGGUUGAGUGAGUCUGUCUAGCUCUUGGUCUGUGUUUCUCACUCUCUUUCUCUCUUUGUGCCUCACACAGGCCCUGCCAUGAAUUUUCUCUGACCCCUUGGGGCCAUUCCCGCAUAAGGCUUUGAUGUGUGUGCCCAGAGCUUGAUUGACAAGGAAGUUUCAGUGGCAGCAGCAGGGAAACGAAGAGAAAAGGGCAGGGCUUUGAACUAAAGGGCUUUGAGUUCUGAGUUUCUGUGCUUACUUAUCUCCUUCAGAAUGUUAAUUAUUUACCAAGAUAAUUGGUCGGGAGGCAAAAAAAAGAGAGGGGAGGUUAUUAAAAAAUUCCAACACUAACACACUACAAAAACCUCAUUUUCCAACUUGCAGCUGGCAUGAAAAGGAUGUUGUGUGUAAAAGGGCUUGAGUGUAUGUGUGUUGGGGGGGCCUUUUUUAAGGCACCCAUUUCCUAAAUAGACGAAGCUGUAGAAACAUCAAAGCUCUUGUAAGAGUUUUUUCUGGGGUUUCUAAACCAUGUCUGGUACUUUGUAAUUAAAAAAGUUUAUGGAGAGCUGUCUUUGUGACUGGAACAGGCAACCUUAGGCCCUGUUGAUUGAGGAAUGAAAUGUUAAAAGACCUACUAAAUAAUUAUUUUUGCUAAAAUGUCAGUUCAAAGAUGUGAAUUCGCCUGGAUGCUUUAGCAGAAGCUGAGUCUUGGGGUAGAGUGGUAAAAAUCUCCUGUUUCAGCUUAGCGUGAUGUUGACUGUGCUGCAUGACACAGUCUAUUAUGGCCUCUAGAUUAAUGUCAAAAAAAGUGUAAUACCAUAUGCUCAUCUGAAGCUUGUAGGCAGGAAGAGAGGUGAAGCUCUUUCAUUUUGUCUUCAGUUAAUACAGUUUUAUUAGUCUCCAUAUUAGGCAGCAGUCCACAGCCUCCUCAGUGAAGAUCAGGGUUCUGUUGAGUUCUGGUAAUUGCUGUGCUGGAUUGGGUCCAAGGACCAUCAUUCCAGUAUCCAGCUUGGGCUGAUGGUGGCAACAGAAGCUCAGGAAAACUCCAGAGCAGUCAGUCUGCCCUGCACAGUUCCCAAGUACAUAUCAGUGAUACCAAGUGGGGCAGUGACUUGCUUUUAUCUGGUUAUUUAUUUGUUGGAUCAGUGUGACAAGUUUAGUGUUACUGAUUUGCCAGGGUAAAUGUAGACCAUUAAUUAACAUUUGGCUGUACAGUUUCUGGCUAUAGCAGUACUUGCCUCUUUCACACCAUGAUGUUUUGGUUUCUUUACCUGUCUCUUAGUACAAAGCCUAACAGAAUUAUUUCAGCUAGUUACUCUUUAUGUGGCAUUAUACUGGCAUAUAAUGCAGGUAAUCAAUAUGAUGGUUAUCUUUCCAGAAUCCUUUCUGGUACAGCUGGUUAUGCCCUAUCAUACUAAUCUUUUGCAUAUCUUACCCUUUUAAAAAUCUGAGCCUAAGCUUGUAGUAAUGUCUGUUUUUAGCAUGAAAUUUAAUAACUUUGACUCCCUUGCUCUGUGUUUCCCUUGGGAACACUUGGAUGCACCACUGGAUGUGGUGGUGUAGUGCUUUGUAAUGUACCACUGAGUUUUUCUUGGAGAUGUGGUGACACUGGGGUCCGUGGCAGAGCAACCUCCAUAGGUAGGUCCCUCCUUUAUACCUACAGGUGCAUUUGUGAUUCCUUAGCUGAACAUGGGGUAUGCGAGUCCAGUUUCACAGUUUCUCUGGUGCCCACAAAAGGACCAAAAGAUAAUGAAGGGACCUGCAUCUGACAUAUGUGGAGAGAUAGAGAGUCAAGGUUGUUCAGCCUGGA